UUCUUCAGGACUUUACACUCGUACUGUGGUAACAUCGGCGCGAACCGGGACCGGAAACAUACACACAACAGGAACUCGCAAACAGUUUUUGGCCGGGGCGUUGUGCGCCCGCGAAGACUACUGUGGUGUCUUGUGUCGCCUGCACAGUGUUUUUCGUAUCUCGCCCGUAUUUCGGACCUCUUGAUAACUUGGAGAGUCCUGUGUUUACUGUGUUUGUGUCACGGACACGCAGAACAAAAAGAAUAUAGCAAGCAUUAGGUGUCUGUUACUUUCUGUUUUUGCAGACAAACCGACUGCAAACUGCCUUGUUACCGCCUGUAUUGCGUUCGUUCGUCAACAUGGAACACUCUAGCAUGAUCCAGGCUUUUUACCCUCACCAGACUUUGUUGGUGACAGGUGCCAGUGGCUUUGUAGGCAAGGUAUUGCUAGCGCAGCUGCUGAAAUCAUGCCCCGUGAAGAAGCUCUACGUACUCCUGCGACCGUCCGCGGGCCGUAGUGCCCAGGAGCGUUUGCUCGUCGACGUGUUCAGUAGUCCAGCGUUUGACGAAAUGCGUAAUGCACAUCAGUAUGAAGGCGGAUGGAAUGAAUGGAUUAGCAAACGUGUGGUCGCAGUCCCUGGUGACCUGUUGAAGCCCGAUUUCGGUAUUCAGCACAAGCAUGUCAUACGGAAACUUCAAGAAGAGGUGACAGUUGUUAUUCAUCUUGCAGCGAGCGUCCAUUUCAAUUCUCCUCUCAAAGACAACUACCGUAGUAAUGUGGAAGGAACAAUGCGGAUUUUGGAAUUCGCCAAGGGAUGUCCGUUUCUCCAGGUUUUUGUUCACACGUCGACAUGCUAUGUCAACUCCGACCAUGAAGGCCGCGUGAAAGAAGAUAUUCUUCCUCUCUCGUGGGACACUGAAGAACUGCUAGCAGCUGUACACAAAAUGAUAGAACUUCGCGACAACGAGGCAAGGUACACUCACCUGGACGUUGCCAAUCUUGAGAAACAACUUCUUGGACGAUUCCCCAACACGUAUACUUUCACAAAAAGACUUUCUGAGGCACUACUCAUUAGAGACUGGGAAAAGGCCUUGCUCCAUCCAGAGCAAAGCGAAGUUAAAUUUCCACUUUGCAUGCUACGACCGUCGAUCGUCGGCGCGGCCUACCAGCAUCCUCGACGAGGUUGGAUCGACAAUCUCAAUGCUACUGGUGGCAUGUUUCUCCUCUGCGCUCUGGGCGUUCUUAAAUGCCUACCAGCGAAUCCAAAUCUCAUCGGCGACAAUGUCCCUGUCGACACUGUGGCAGAUGCUCUUAUUGUUUCUGGCGCAGCGGUGGCCGCUGCGCACGCAUGGGGGGACAUUCUGUAUUAUGGACGAGAAUACAACAUGAUGAAUCCAUUCUUCAACAGGAUCACACGAGACCUACAGACACCAUACUUUGAAGGCGAUUUCGAUGAUUUUCGGCGGCUUCCGGCUGCAGUUACGGCAACAAUCACACGGUACUUGCUCCCUGCGUCGUCGCCCCUGAAGCGAAACGCGGUUAUGUAUCACUCUGGCAUCAAGAAGGUAGAGAAGGCCGCAGAAGCGUUCCACCCUUUUUCCUAUCAUGAAUGGGUCUUUGAACAGAAUAAUAUGCGCAAGCUUCAGCAUCUGCUCACUCCAGAAGAACGCAAUGUAUAUCUUUUAAAAACUGAAGACCUCGAUUGGCGGAGCUGGACACACUACUUCUUCUAUGGGAUUGCUCGGUGGCUACUUAAAGAGCAAUCAGGCAAGUCGCAACCACAUCAAGGAGAAUGGAACACCUUUUUCAGAGUGUCCGUGUAG